CGCCCCUUUAACGGGAGACGAGUCAAGUCUGUCACGAACUGAUAUGCGCUGGUUUAUCGACAAACAACAGAUGCUUCCCGUUUCCUCCGCAUAACGUCGAGUUGAUGUCUACAAUUCCAUCGUCCAUCAGUUGGCUGUUAGGUUGUUGACCGAGUGUGUUGUACCGAUCGGGAGCUGUCAGUGGAAGAAUGCGGAAGGUUUUGCACCCGUGGUGGCCGGCCCUGCUGAUCCUUUUGUUGGUGGCCAUCGAGCUGUGCCGCUGCGACAGAGACGCCUGCGAUAUUGACGAUCCGACGCUCAAAAAGCUUUGCCGCAAAGUCGAGAGUCAGGAAAAGUACCAGGAGAAAUGGGUCGCCACCAAUUUCAAAGCGGAAAUGGUGUUUCGAUGGUACAACGCCAACAAAGACUGGCUGACGGCCGCCCGAUUGCCUCGCAUGAUGAAACGCUUACUCCGGCGGGCCAACGCUCUCAACCCGAGCGAAAGCGACGACUUUGCUGACGAACAGCCGGCCGAGUCGGCUCCUGCCGCCCCUGCGGCCCCGUCAGCCGAAUUGGAAGCCAAACUGGAACAAAUGACGCAGAAACUCGGACAAAUGGCCGUCCAAUUGAACCAGACUCAAGCCCAGUUGCGACAGAUCCAGCAGGCCAACCGCCGAACGGAAGCGGCUUCGGCCAGCCGAAUCGAAGACUUGAAUGCCAUAGAGAUCCGGGUCAACGCCUCCCUGACGGCCCAGCAGGAACGCCUCAAGAUUCAGAGCAACAAGACCGACGAAUCUUUACGACUCGUCAUCUCCAGCGGCGAGCAGAUGGCCACUCGGCUCUCCAAAACCGAGAAAACACUGCAGUCAAUCAAGAACAAUACGGGCAAUUGCGGCUGUCCGGCCGUCAAACCUUCGGCCGGUAAAAACGCGGCCAAAAGUACCGAGGAAUCCGGGGGUUCGGGUGAAUCGCCCAGAUCUUCUUUGUCGGUCUCGGACGACAGCAUCGCCAAAUUCCAGAACGACAUGGAACGCGAAAUUGAGCAGUUGAAGAUGAAACUUCAACUGACGGCCGGCGACCUGGAAAAGUCGAUUAAUUCCAUACACGUCCAGAGCGAGGGAGCCUUGCGCAACUUCAGCUCCGUCUACCAGGAAGGAAUGAGAUCGUUGGCCAGCGUGCUGGAAGACAAGGUGUCGGUGGCGUCGACUUCGUCCUACGACGUCAUCACCAACGCGACGCUGGCCUUUGGCGAGGACUUGCAGAUCCUACGGCAGGCCGUCUCCUCUUCAACGGCCCAAAUUCAAUUUCUCAUCGGUCAGGACAUGAAAUCGGUCCGCGGGCUGGAAGAGAUGAGAACGGGAUCGCGCCGACACGAGGCUAACAUCCAGCUGUUAACCACGCAAUUAGGCGAUUUCAGACUUCAAGUUCAAGACCAGAUGAACAGCAUUCGCACCCAUUUCUCGCAAACGGUCAACGAGUUUUACCAGAAAAUCGUCGAGCGCCAAAAUUCCAUGGGUUACCGGCUGAGUUCGGUCGUUGACGAACUGUCCGCCGUCAAAAGCAAAGUUCGCAAUAUUCCGCUGCAGGCGACAGCUGGCGCAAGCGAUCAGGCAGGGGCCGCCGAUAAUGACGGUGAUGAUCAGUUACUGGCGCCUCCACCUUUAGAUUCCCGCUGAAAGAUUUAUUCUUUGGAAAAUUUGUUGUUUUAUUUUCUAUUUUUGCCCGCGUGAUUGGAAUUUUGGUUCUUUGGCCGUGAAAUACAACCUGGUGUUGAUUUUGA